CCGAAUAUACUCUAAAUUCCCCCAGAAUUUUAUUCGGUAUUAUUAUCCAAUCCCUGUUUCUAUUUUCAAAUACUUUUGUCAAGUAGGCGAUGCUCUCUCUGUCCUGGUUGAAACCCUAAACAGAGAAACAACUUCAACAAUGGAAACACGGACCCCUGAGGAGGAGGAGGAGGAGGAGGAGGAGAAGAAGAGGUCAAAGGCCAAGGCAGAGAACAACAAUCUGAACGAGAAAAACAGCACAGCCAUGACCAUUGAUUUUCCAGACGAAAUUCUUCACCACAUAUUCUCUUUCCUCCCAAUCAAAUCCCUCACCCAAACCACCCUUCUUUCCAAACACUGGAAUCGCCUCUCCCUAUGGCGUACACACCCUCAUCUCAUCUUCCCCCACAUCUCUCCCUACUACGAGGCUACGGGCCUCGUACCCACGGUGCUAUCUCGCCGUCAACCCGAAUCCAAAAUCACGACCUUUCGCCUCUCCGGUUACAUAAGUUCCUCUUGCUUGCGCGAUUGCAUCGACCGAGUAAUGUACUGCAGAAUCGAACAACUCGAGCUCGGCGUCAAUUUAGACUGUAGCUUUGAUCUCCCCAUGCGUUUGUUCAGGUGCAGCACUCUCAGGGUCCUCACAUUAAAUCACCAAGAUCGUCGAAACCUCGAUGGGCGACAUUUUUCGCUGACAGUUCCGCGUGAGGGUUUCGGGCUUGCUCCUACGGAUUUGCAUACAGCGGUCCACACCUUGUCUCUGACUAAUAUAUAUCUCGUGGAAGGUUCGGAUUUCUUUUUGGGUGGUAAUUUCCCUUUCCUUAGGAAACUGUGCUUGAAAAAUGUUCGAGGAAUGAUUGGCUGUCAUCUCAAUAUCAAAUGUCCAUGCCUAGAAGAUUUGAAACUUGAUGGUUUGGAGAUGAAGGAGUUGGAUGUUUCUGGUGUGAGGUUACUGGAACUUGAACUCAAAAGGCUAGAUAUGACUCAUUCCGUCAAGAUUUUUGCCCCAAGUCUCCGGAGUUUACAUUGGGAAAACCAUGCUAAUGUGGAAAUUACGGCGGAGAGCUUCAAAUGCCUCAAUAAAGGCUUCAUUUGUUUUCUCUACGAACCAGGAAGUGCAGCGCGAUUGCAGGGUGCAUUUAUCUUUCUAUGUGCAAUCCGUUUUGCCCGAUCUAUUUGUUUUGGAAGCCAAGCUCUUGAGAUCUUGGCAAAAAUAGAUCGCGCUGGUGGUCUUCCAUGUUCUUUCAAUAACCUCAGGACUUUGGACCUGGAGACUGACAUGCGCAAACUUGAAAUCGAAGGGAUAGUAUGCUUGCUUAGAAGCUCUCCAAUACUUCACACAAUCACCAUAGAUUCAACCAGUUGGCUCAAUUCCGAAAAUGCGACUUCGAAGGAGGAACGAUACUUGGAAUCUCAAAAGCAAACUUUCAAGUCACUUGAGCAUCACCUAAAGGUAGUAAGGAUUCAUAUUCAAAAUACUAGGAUGCUCACUAGGGUACAUAAGAGCGCAGCCAAUUUAGUGAGGUUUUUUCUUCAACAUGGAAGAGUGUUGCAAGAAAUGACUGUAACUUUGAAGAGCAGACGUGGGGAUCGUCGCAUUCUGCAACCCAGCAUUCGUUCUCGGAUGAUGAAGUUUCCACGGGCAUCUUCUAAUGUCAAAAUCUCUCUUGUUUAUUGGAGGGAAUGAUAAUUUGAGGCCUCAACGGUGAAGAAUGCUUAUUAGACCUUCACUGGCUACAUUAUGAGAUUCCUUCUUUAUUCUUUCUAUUUUGUGGUAUUACUUUUGCUUUUUAAAGUAGAUAGCAAGCUGUGACUUCUUGAUUUUUAAGUUCUUUUUCAAGAAUGCUAAUAUUUAUUGCUGAAUAAUACUCCCUUAGUCUCCAAAUAAGAGUUAAGUAUUUCAUUUUGGGUUA